AUGAUGGACGGGUAUGUAUACAAAUCCUAUAUCUACAAAACCCAAUUCCACUGAAGUUGGGAAGUUAGAAUUUCAUGGCAGCAACACGUGACAAAGAAGUUGGUAAAGGUGGCAAAAAACACUGAGAAAUUUGAGGAAUGCUCAUCAAACAUCUAUUUGUAACAUCCCACAGGUGAGCAGGUCAAUUGGGAACAGGUGGGUGUCAUGAUUGGGUAUAAAAGCAGCUUUCCCAAAAAUUCUCAGUCAUUCACAAGCAAGGAUGGGGCGAGGUUCACCGCUUUGUGAACAACUGCGUGAGCAAAUAGUCGAACAGUUCGGACAAUUGCAAGGAAUUGAAGGAUUUCAACAUCUACGGUCCAUAAUAUCAUCAAAAGGUUCAGGAUAUCACCACAUGGGCUCAGGAACACUUCAGCAAACCACUGUCAGUAAAUACAGUUCGUUGCUACAUCUGUAGGUGCAAGUUAAAACUCUACUGUGCAAAGAGAAAGCCAUUUAUCAACAACAUCCAGAAACGCCGCCGGCUUCUCUGGGCCCGAGCUCAUCUAAGAUGGACUGAUGCAAAGUGGAAAAGUGUUCUGUGGUCUGACGAGUCCACAUGUCAGAUUGUUUUUGGAAAUAGUGGACGUCGUGACCUCUGGGCCAAAGAGGAAAAGAACCAUGCGGACUGUUAUUGACGUGAAGUUCAAAAGCCAGCAUCUGUGAUGGUAUGGGGGUGAAUUAGUGCCCAAGACAUGGGUAACUUACACAUCUGUGAAGGCAACAUUAAUGCUGAAAGGUACAAAAAGGUUUUGGAGCAACAUCUGCUGCCAUCCAAGCAACGUCUUUUUAAUGGACGCUCUUCCUGCUUAUUUCAGCAAGACAAUGCCAAGACACAUUCUGCAUGUGUUAAAGAGUGCGGGUACUCGACUGGCGUGCCAACAGUCCACACUUGUCUCCCAUUGAAGCGUAAAAUACGACAACGGAGACCCCGGACUGUUGAGCAACUGAAGCUGUACAUCAAGCAAGAAUGGGAAAGAAUUCCACCUUCAAAGCUUCAACAAUUCGUCUCCUCAGUUCCCAAACGUUUAUUGAGUGUUGUUAAAAGGAAAGGUGGUGUAACACAGUGGUAAACACGCCCCUGUCCCAACUACUUUGUCAUGUGUUGCAGCCAUGAAAUUCUGAGUUUAUUAUCAUUUGAACAUUAAAUAUCUUGUCUUUGUAGUGUAUCCACAAUUUCCCACCUUCAUUGGAAUUGCGUUUUGUAAUAUUUUGAUAAUUUCAUCAGCGUAAAAAUCUGAAGGUUGUGUCCCUGAAGCGUCAUACAGCGAUUUCCUUUUGUCCGCAGGUUCCAAGGAGACAUGCUGAGCGGCGGCCGGACCGUGCUCGGCGAGGACAGCUCGGUGAUGGCCCGCAUGCAGAAGAAAUUCUGGAAGACGAAACAGGUCUUCAUUAAAGCCACGGGGAAGAAAGAGGACGAGUACGUGGUGGCCUCGGAUGCUGAUCUGGAUGCAAAGCUUGAGGUAUUUCUGAAUGUCGGAGUCUUACAUUUUAUUUUUAUUUAUUUCUACAUCAGGCGGAUUGUUAUUGUUAAAGCCAGUGGAUGUUCACAGGUGGUGUGGACUCAUCAGUCUCACAGUUAAUGGUCUCGUCCUGUCAGGAGCAUCUCUUUAACGCUGGGGGGCUUUUGGCUCUGGGGCUGCAGCUGGAUACAUCUCUUAAAGUUUGACUCAACUAAACAAACUGUUUUGAGUCUUUAUGUUCCAUAUUUGCUUAAAUAAACUGGAAAAGCUCUAGUAUUUUUAAGCUUUAACCUCUCUUCUCUCACUCUUUUAAUCUUGUCCGCUCUUCACUGUUGUGAUGACGCGCAAGAUGUCUCACACCUGUGAAAAAGAUGUCAAUGAUGGGACGCUCUGUCCUUGCACUUCUCACUCGUUACUCACUGCCGUGGUAGACAAGAGUGGACACGUGUAAUUGGCCGAAACCCGGCUGGCACUUCGUUAUGACAGGCUGUCUGAUGGUGCGGUCCUGUGAGAGGGAGACGUGGUCGAGUUUCAGCGAGCCGUUAAGGAGACACUGUGAGGCUUUUGUUUGCUCUGGAACAAGAUCAGGCCUCUUGCGUUGUGUCCCGCUGCUCUCUGUGUGCGUCUCUGCUGUUAGACUGAGAAGUCAGAGGAGACGGGGAAAGUGAUAAUGGGCUCAAAAUGGACGAAGGCUUUUGUGAAUUUCAUCCUGACUGUGUGCCUUUUGUGGAGGGACCCAGAACCAGAUUAGGAGCCUUGAAGCUAACCUGGUUAUAUCUCAGAAUUGCUUCAGUGCUCGUUCAGAUUUCAUCUCUGCAGCUUUUGCUUUAUUGCAUGUAAACCUCUUUGAAUAAAAAUCUGACCAAAAUUGAAUUUAAACUCUUUUUCUUAUACUUUCUGUAAAAGUCAUGAUGAGGGUUCGAUUGUCGAUCAAUCGGACGCUAAGACAGGAAAACAUUAGUGACAUUCACACAGCGGGGAUGAGACUCGGACAGGUGUUUAGCUGCUGCUGAGGCAGACAGAAUGGAGGCAGGGACUGUUUAUUCUGCUGUUAAUCAGUCACUACACAUGCUCAUUUCAGCUCCGUUACUGCCUCAAGACGAGCAGCAGGAGCAGACUUAAAGUGUUUGCAGUUAAAGCUGCUGCAGAGGGAAAAGUCUUGGUAUACCUCUAUGGUGUCCAAUAUUUAUGUUUCCAGACUAUAUUACCACAUUUCUAAAAAACUGUUUUCUAAAAUAGAAAAGUCGGUAUUUCCAAGAAUAAUUCAAAAUGUAGGAUAUGGAAAAGUACGGAGAUUCCAACUGAGUAGGAACCCUGUAACAUUUGAAGCUGAAAUCAGUGUGGACUCUUUUAUACUACAUUUCAAACAAAUAACUUUAUCUAACAGCUCUUAAUUGUAGUACAACGGUGUUACUAACUAUUAGGCAGCCACAGGUGGAGGGAGGAGAGCAGGGAGAGGAGCAGGAGGAGGAGGAGGCAGGCGUGUGUUUUUGUGCGUCUGAGAAGCAAAGGGACAGAAUGAGCAUGACGAGAAGGAGAGGCGGUGUUUCUGUGGUGCCAACGAGGUCACGACUAGAGGAUUUAUUACCUCCGCCAAGGAGGUUAUGUUUUCGGUAGUGUUGGUUUGUUUGUUUGUUUGUCUGUGAGUUUGUUUGUUAGCAACUUUACGGAGAGAAAGUUACAGACAGAUUGACCUGAAAUUUUCAUCAGAGGUGCGUCUAAGCCCCAGGAGGAUCCCAUCACAUUUUGGUGAUGAUCCAGACAAAAUUCUGGAUACUGUGAUCCAGAACACACAAAAAUAAGGGUGUCGUUGGAAUUUUCAAUGCUGAAAGAUAACCAAUGGGUGGCACAGUGGUGUAGUGGUUAGCAAUGUCGCCUCACAACCAGAAGGUCCUGGGUUCGAAUCUGGGUCAGAGCAUUUCUUGUUUAAGGGGGGACAUGAGCUGCUUGGUGGAGGUCUGUGCUCUCUGAGUGCUUUUCUAGUUUUAUCUGCGCUCUGGGAAAUAAAGCCAAGCAGAGAGAUUUGGAGCUGUCCCUGCGAACUUUCAGCCUCCAGAUACACAAUCAGCUGCCUUGGUGUUUUUAUGUCUGCUUCUUGAGAAUAAAAUAAAACCCUGGCAGGAAAAACUUGAUGUCGCCUGUUUUGUGUUUCGUAGUUUUUCCGCUCGGUUCAGUCCACGUGCACUGAGCUGCUGAAGGUGAUCGAGAAGUAUCAGCUCAGGAUCACACGUGAGUUCUUUCUUCUGUCAAAUAGAAGAUCCGGUCUCAGUGUUUGUCGCAGGAACUUAAACCUCAAACUCCUCUUCCAGGUUUGUCCCAGGAGGAGAACGAGCUGGGCCUGUUCCUGCGCUUCCAGGCUGAACACAACCGCACAAAGGCCGGCAACAUGAUGGACGCCACCAGCAAAGCCCUGUGUGCUUCAGCGAAGCAAAGGUCAGAGGGAAACGCCGAAUUCUCACCUGUAAUGUUCUUCUCCUUUUUUAGAUUCACUCCUAAAGAUCCUCUCCCUUUGUCUUUUAUUCUCCUCAGGAUGGCUCUCUGUGCCCCGCUCCACCGUCUGCACCAGGAAGUGGAGACGUUCCGGCGGCGCGCCAUCGCAGACACCCUCCUGACGGUCACCCGCAUGGAGAAGGCUCGCACGGAGUACAGAGGGGCUCUCCUCUGGAUGAAAGACGUCUCCCAAGAGCUCGACCCGGACACCUACAAACAGCUGGAGAAGUUCCGCAAGGUGGGAGCAGAUCGACGCUCUUUUUAAAGACGGCGUGUCGAGGCGCUUUGUUUGAACUGUGGCGUCUGUUGUCAGGUUCAAGGCCAGGUGAGAGGGACGAAGAGUCAGUUUGAGAAGCUGAAGAACGACGUGUGUCAGAAAGUGGAUAUGCUGGGAGCGAGCCGCUGCAACAUGCUCUCUCACUCCCUCUGCACCUACCAGGUAUGUAAUGUGCUUUUUUUUAAAGACCGGUGCACCAAGAAUCUCGAUCCUCUCGUCUGAAUCUUUAAUUCGUCUUUAUAGACCACGCUGUUGCAGUUCUGGGAGAAGACAGCCAGUGCCAUGUCGGGAAUCCACGAGGCCUUUAAGGGACAUGUAUCAUACCAGUUCACCACUCUUAAGGUAACAGGAGCUUAAGGUGGAGAUCAGCAUGUUUGUCCGUCCUGGUGUGACAUUUGUCUGGUGUUACCAAAUCCUGCAGGACCUCAGAGACCCCCUGGAUGACAUAACGGAGCUGCAGAAACGGGAGGAUAAGAAGGAGAAGAAGAAGAGCAACACGGACAGGUGAAAGUCAAACAAAAUCACCCCUCGUAUGAAAGUAGCCUGACUCGUUCCCUGACUCGUUCGCACACAUACUGCUCGUACCAUCUGUCUCUGUUCUCAUCGCUCUUUUUCCAUCUUUACAUCCUCACCUCUCCGUCUGCUCUGUCCUCUACUCGUUCUCCUGCCUCAGUCAUGCCUUCAUCAAACACGAGGCCAGUGUCAUGCCCAUGUUUACUCAUGAGUAAGUGUUACAUGUGACGAUAGGUACGCGGUAGCUCAGGGAUUUAGAGCUCCAGAUCAAACAGAGGCUGUGGCAUCGCUAAAAAUAGCAAAACAUGUCUCGCCAGCUAGAUGAAGCACUUUCUCAUUCUUUGCCCUCCCUCUUUUCUUCCUUCCCUCUCAGCCUGGUGUCCUUGGAUGACGACAAACCAUCAGAAAGUGCCUCUGACUCAGGUAGGCGCUGCCCCCUGCAGGCUGAAAGAAAGAGCCGCUUUUCUGUUUGCUUUGGGAAACUAUUUCUGAAUUUGAGAAGAAAAUCGAAGAAUCUGGUCUUUGAAUUAAGGGUUAUUCUGAUGUUCUCCCCUCUCUAGACCCCGCCCACAGCAGUGACAGACAGAGCCAAACCUUGGAUACCGGUGAGUCUCCUGGGAAGUGUAUGUUUUCUCUGUUUUAUUGAUAUUUCUGGAGCUGAUUGUGUGCUGGAUGCCUCUUGGCUUUAUCAUCCUCGACCCCAGUGCACCCAAACACUCCCACACCCACCACUCCAGCCCUUCAAGACCUCAGAGGACUCUCUACCAGCUCUGACGAUGACCUCCUGCUCAUGGCCCUCGAUAUCCCUGAGCCUCCUGCUCCUCCUCCAGCUCCUGCUCCAGCUGACAUCCCUCUCCAGCCUCAGCUUCUGCCUCCACUUCUAGGCGGAGAUCUCACUCAGCCGUGGGGUUUCGAAGCCCUUCAGUCUGGUCUCACACUUCAGCCGGCCAUGGGUAAACAACAGACCAGCUGUCUCCGAACGCUCCUGUUUCAAAGAUUCCUCGCUGGUCUCUCCUUUCCUCGCUUUCUUGCUUGAUGUGGCUCACACUCACCUCCCCUGGAUUUCAACUUCUGGCACUUUCUUGUGGCACUUUGUUCUACCUUUCUUAUCCGCUUCUGGGACUCACCUCUUCGAUGGGCUGCAUGAAAAACUAGAUGCAAGUGUGUAUGGGAAAUGCAUUUCCAAUUGUCCACAGAUAUGCCAUUUUUUCAGUAUCUGAGGAUAAAUCAUUGCAAAAAGAAACAGGAUGAUUAUAUCUCUCUUGUUUUGGACCUCCUAGGAAACACUCAUGAGUUCAAUUUCCCAAGUAUACCUGCAAAUCAAAACACAGGUGUGGCCCAUUUAAUGUUAUGAUAAACUGUUGCAUAACAUGCAGGCAAAUAUUAACCCUGAAGAAAGCCGAAAGCGUUGAUUAUCUAACUUUUCUGCCAUGCCGCUAAUAUUUCAUGAACACUUUUCUUCAUUUUUGACUCAAACUCUGAACUUUGUAGGACUUCUGCAGUCUCAAUGCAAUCCAUAAUCCUUUCCUCCCACUCCCCUCAGGUGGUCCGUCUCCUCUCUCCAUGUCAGGCUUGAGACCAGAAGAGGAAGACCCUGAACGCGGUGACAUGGCUUUCCUCAAAGACCUCCUCAGCCCGGGCCCGGGAGCCAGCGACGAGUUCAGUAGAGAGUGGCAGGACGCUUUCGGGAUGUUUGACCCUCCUAGUGUCCCUUCAUCCGUCACAGGUGCUGGGAGUGCUCUACCGACAGCUCGUCCGCCGUCCAAUCCUCCGAGCCCCACAGGCUUCCUGCCGUCCCAGCUGCUGGAUCACAGUCUGAGCUCUACAGGUGAGCCCACUCUGCUCUGAAAAGGAUAGAGACAUUGUGGCAGCAUGCUGGACUACUCAUAGGUGGUUAUGAUUUUACUUUAGGGAUUCCUCACAGGUGAGAUCUCACAGAAUCUUGAUAAAAAGUGACGAACCUAGACUCAGAAGUUAGAGGAGGUCUCAAAUCAGAUUAUUAGGGAUGGCAAAUCAGGCCUAAUAUGUGGCAAACGCUAGUUUUGGUGUUUUUGGGGUUUUCUUUAAUAAACCUGCGUUGUCUUCCAGGAUGGGCAACCCCACCCAUGUUCCAAGCCCCACCCCUGCAGCCUCCUCCAGGUCAGAACCAACCAGCUCCACCCUCUGCUCCAAAUUCAGCAGCUGGUAAGCUCUUCCUUCUUUUUUUUUUUUGUCUGUGUUUGUUUUUCUCUCAAGAGCUGAUUUAGGUCUUUAAACUUGUGAUAACCUAUGUAUUGUGAGGUGGUUGUUAUGUGAAUUAGAACUCUGACAGGGUGAGACAAGAACCCCAGAAGCAAAGUGGACGUUUGCGUCAACCGCCGGAGGUGAAAUGUGCCGUAGCUCUCUUCUACAGUUUGAACUGAUUCGAUAUAUGUGGUCUGAUCAUUUGCGCAGCUGCUCCGGCUGGAUCCAAGGACAUGUCUGCCUGGUUCAACCUGUUCGCAGACCUGGACCCUCUCUCCAACCCUGACGCCAUUGGACGCUCUGCAGACGAGCUUCUUAAUGCUUAA